AAACGAAAUAUCCCUAGCAAAGACCAAAGAGAGAAAAUAUCAGCUAAAGGAUCUGACACUGGAAGAAAGUAUAUUUAGCUAUAACGGGGAAAAGCGAAAAGGCUGCUUUCUAACCUUCUAUUUUGAAAAGAGAGAGGGAGGAUGGAAGGAGACGAUGUAGUCAUGGCAGCGCCGGAAUCCACUGAAGCUGACCUCGAUGACAUGAAAAGAAGGUUGAAAGAGAUGGAGGAUGAAGCCGCUGCUCUUCGUGACAUGCAAGCUAAGGUCGAGAAGGAGAUGGGUUCCGUACAAGAUCCUGCUGCUGCUGCUACAUCUCAGGCUAAUCGAGAGGAAGUAGAUUCCCGAUCAAUCUUUGUUGGCAAUGUGGAUUAUUCAUGUACACCCGAGGAAGUUCAACAGCAUUUUCAGUCUUGUGGGACUGUAAAUAGGGUUACUAUCCGUACUGAUAAAUAUGGCCAGCCAAAGGGUUAUGCUUACGUGGAGUUCCUUGAAGCUGAGGCUGUUCAAGAGGCUCUUCUUUUAAAUGAAUCUGAACUGCAUGGCAGGCAGUUGAAGGUUACUGCUAAGCGGACCAAUAUACCUGGGAUGAAACAAUAUCGGCCACGCCGGUCCAACCCUUUUAUGCAACCCAGGGACCCAUUUAUGGCUCCAUAUUUCUUUUCUCCUUAUGGAUAUGGGAAGGUUCCAAGGUUGAGAAUGGCAACACGAUAUAGCCCCUAUUAUUAGACAUCAAGGGCCAUACUAUUAGCUCCAAAUACUUUUGAUCGAUGGGGAAAGUUUGUGAGGGAAUUUUUUUAUUGUAAUCAAUUUGGUUGAUGUGCCAGAACUAUGCAAGAAUUUUGGUCUAGUUUUAUUGGUGGUGAAUUAUGCAACUAUCUUUCUUGCACUGCCCAUGUUGCCUCUCCUAACAUUAAUGCAUUUCCAUUUAUGUUGAGCUGGCCAGUGCCUGUAUUGUUUUCUAAGUUCCUUAGGUCAUUUGAAGUUUUUAAUCGGUACCUGUUAAGAAUUAAGUGUUAGUUAUGAACCCUAAGCUUAGCUCAGUUGAUUCUUGUAAUCAUUUUUUUUAAAGAAAAGGAACGAUAUUUAAAGUGUGUUUGGUUGGUUGUAGUAA